GCGGCGCGUCAUCGCGCACAACGACUACAAUUAAACCAAACCCCGAUGUAAGGAAGUAAAACGCCGACAGGAUUGACUGUCGUCAAGCGUCUCUGUAGAAAGGCAGUCGUGUUCUUUUUGUAUCGCACUGAGGUUCGUGCCCGUUUGACGUACGCGUCGUGCGCUUUCUACCUGUCGUGAAUGUCGAAGCGUCGCGUUUUGGUUACGCGGUAAUGCAGGUAAACGACUCGCACGAGUGGCUGAAGUGAUAGAAAGAUUUUCUGGAAAACACAGGACUUGUUGUUCCCAUGUUGGAUAUGAGUGCGGUCUGGACAACAGGAGUGGUUUGAAACAGAUGAUUCUUAUCAUGCUGUACACUGCAGUGUGGUAUGCUAUUGUGUGUCUAUGUGUUUAAAGAAUGAACGUCAUCAACGGCAAGGGGACGAGCUGCCAGGAUGAAAAGCACUGCACUCUUCAAAUCUACCCCAGGUUGUCCAUCAAACCCGCACCAUGCUGCGUCCUACAGGUCCCGAAAGAGGCCACGGCCGCCACCGUCAUCAAAGGCGCUCUGGUCAGGCUCGGCCUGGACAGGUCCAAGCCCUACGUCCUCGUGGAGGUGCAGGAGUACGGCGGAGAGGAGUGGGUCCUUCAAGCCAGCGAUCUGCCCAUUCAGAGAGUCCUGCUGUGGCCUAGAAAGGCUCAUGACCAGCACCCUCAAAGCGAUGGAUACUACUUCGUCCUCCAGGAAGGAAGCCCCGACGGAUCCAUCCGGUAUGACGUCAUGCCGUCUUUUCGUCGAGAAAAAGAAGCUCGGGGACUUGUGACGAGGGGCUUCGUGGCACCCCAACCCCAGGAGUACUAUGAUUUAUGUAAACUACCCGAGGUAACGGAGGAGAACAUCAUGGCGACCCUACGACAUCGUUUCAACCAGCAGAAGAUCUACACGUAUGCGAGCAACAUUCUCAUCGCCGUGAAUCCCUUCAAGUUUCUGCCCAUAUAUAAUCCCAGAUACGUCAAGAUGUACGAGAACCAUACGCUGGGAACGCUAGAGCCGCACAUCUUUGCCGUGGCGGACGCCACCUUCCAUGCGAUGCUGAACAAACAGGUCAACCAGUGCAUCGUCAUUUCUGGGGAGAGCGGCUCUGGCAAAACGCAAAGCACCAAUUUCCUUAUCCACUGCUUGACCGCCCUCAGUCAGAAGGGUUACACGAGCGGAGUGGAGAGAACCAUCUUGGGGACAGGUCCGGUUCUGGAGGCCUUUGGCAACGCUAAAACCGCAUACAACAACAACUCCAGCCGCUUUGGGAAGUUCAUACAAGUGAAUUAUCUGGAGAAUGGCGUUGUGAGAGGGGCUGUUGUUGAGAAGUACUUGUUAGGGAAAUGCCGUUUAGUGUCCAGAGCACAAACUGAAAGGAAUUAUCAUGUGUUUUACUAUCUGUUGAUCGGGGCUUCAGAAGAGGAGAGAGAUGAGUUCAAGCUCCUGAGGCCUGAAGAUUGCAACUACCUCAAACAAGAAAACAUGUUUCUAGAGGAUGAAGCAGAAAUGAAACAUGAGUUUAAGAGACUUCAGCAGGCCAUGGAGAUGGUCGGUUUUCUGCCUCCUACCAAAAAGCAGAUAUUUUCUGUGCUGUCUGCAAUUCUGUACCUGGGGAAUGUGACAUAUGAGCUAAAAGAAAAUGGAGAGGGACUGAAAGUGGGUCCAGAUCAUGUGCUCUCAGCUCUGUCUGAUCUUCUCAAGGUUAAAGCGGAGCUGCUUGUGAAUGCACUGACUAAAAGAAAAGCGAUGACAGCUAAUGACAUGCUGAUCCUGCCAUACAGCCUCAGUGAGGCUAUCACUGCCAGAGACUCGAUGGCCAAGUCUCUGUACAGUGCUCUGUUUGACUGGAUUCUCCUGCGAAUCAAUCACGCUUUACUCAAUAAGAGAGACCUGGAGGAGUCUGUGCCGUGCCUAUCCAUUGGUGUUCUGGACAUAUUCGGAUUUGAAGAUUUCAAGAUUAACAGCUUUGAACAGUUCUGCAUUAAUUAUGCUAAUGAACAGCUUCAGUAUUACUGCAAUCAUCGUAUCUUCACGCUGGAGCAGGAGGAGUACAUGUCGGAGGGCAUCACAUGGCACACGGUUGACUAUCCUGACAACACUUGCUGCAUUAGUCUCUUCAGCAAGAAACCCACUGGACUCUUUUUUCUGCUGGAUGAGGAAAGCAAUUUUCCUCACGCCACCGAUAGCACCCUGCUGGAGAAGUUUAAACAGCAGCACCAGCAAAACCAGUCCUUUAUGCGAACCACAGUGCAUGAACCUGCCUUUGUGAUUAAGCAUUUUGCUGGAGAUGUCAAAUAUCAAAUAAAGGAUUUCAGGGCGAAGAACACAGACCACAUGAGGCCGGAUAUUGUUGCCUUGCUGAGGAGCAGUGAAUGCAGUUACCUGCGGCAGCUGAUCGGGACAGAUCCUGUGGCCGUGUUCAGAUGGGGUAUCCUCAGGGCCACUAUACGCACCCUGGCCGUUUUUAACGAGGCUGGUCGACGCUGGGCACAGAAACAUCCGGAUCAAAUCAGACGCUACAGUAGACGUUCUCUCGGAGAAAUGAAAAAACCCAGCACGGUGGUAGACACAUUCAAGGCGCGGAUAUCCGGGACUGAUUUUUCUUUCGAUCGGUCUGAAGAGGGUCCACUUGAAGCAUUUGAGGACAUUUUUGCUUCAUUUGAAAAUAAGAAGGAAUUGCAUGCCAAAGUCAUCCACACCAUUCAGCAAUCUGGUGGUGAAGUUCCUCACAAGAUGCGUCUGUCCACAAAUUCUUUGAGGAAGUCUCGUCUCUUUUGUCAGAAGAACAGGCCAAACAGACACAAACAGCUUAUUCCGAAGAAUCUCAUCGAUUCCCAAUCUUUGAAGCUCAUCAUGGGCCUCACGCAGCACAAUCGUGUGACCAGGUCCCUGCUUCAUCUGCACAUCAAGAAGAAGCCUCCGAGCAUCAGCGCUCAGUUCCAGGCAUCUCUCAGCAAGCUGCUGGAAACCCUCAGGAAAGCUGAACCUUUCUUUGUUCGCUGCAUCAGGUCUAAUGCUGAUAAGAAGGAAAUACUCUUUGAUGAUGGACUAGUUCUGCAGCAGGUGAAGUACACAGGAAUGUUACAAACGGUUAAGAUAAGGAGUUCGGGGUAUGGAGCUAAAUUCACUUUCAAGGAGUUCACAGAUCAGUUCAGAGUCCUGCUGCCUAAGGAAAUGUCAACACCUCAGGAGGACAUUGCUAUCCUGCUGAGGAAAAUGAGAUUACCCGACACCAGUUUUCAGAUCGGCCAGACCAAGGUCUUUUUGAAAGAGGCCGAGAGGCAAAGACUCCAGGAAGCGCUCCAUAAGGAAGUGAUGCAACGCAUUAUCAUUCUGCAGAGGUGGUUUCGUGCGUGUUUAACAAGGAAGCGUUAUUUGCAGGACAGGAAAGGAAUUAUAACUAUACAGCGAUCAUGGCGGAGUUUCCGUAACACGACCCGGUUCAAGGCAGCUAAUGUCAUCCAGACCGCAUGGCGAAUGUCCCAGCAUAGAGCCAUCUAUCUCCAGAAGAGAGAAAAACUCCAAGGACAGACAUCUGCCACUGAAAAAGGUCGUUCGAACGCAGAGGAACGAACUGAAAAAGAGAAGACGAUAGAGCCACAUCCAAGUCUCCCGAGAAGUCAGACCAAACCUUUGCCUCCACUGCCAGACCAAACCAGCACACCAAAGACCAGGCCUGAUGUCUCCAGACAACCUGCUUCUGUUUGGACAGACCAACCUAACAUCAAUAGUGAGGACCGCACAGGGCAUGUGCGCAAAGACAAGAGUGGCUAUAAUGAAGGCAAAGCAUCUCACGCAGGCCUCCCUCGGCCGGUCUCGCUGCAGCUGAACAUGGGCCAGAGCGGGACAGAUGAAAAUAAUGUACAACUCCAGCGCAACACCAGGUUGAAAGAAAAGCCAGAGAAAUGGAAGGAUAGAACUAGCGAAGCACACUUUGAGAAAAUCAGUUCUGAGCUCACACGGCUUCAGAAUCGGAGGACAAGAGGAUUGCAGAAAGGUGGCAUUUCUCAAUCCCUGGAAAAUAUCUACACAAGGAGCUCUUCGGAGUCAGACAGCUCCACCUCAUCUUCAAGAACUGAGGCAACACUUCGUGUCCAUAAGCACAUCAAACACAAGCGCAGGUUAGCAUCUCCCCGCAGCGGACUGCAGCUGGAGCAUCAGGAUCAAGAUGACCUGGAGUUCUGGAGUUUUCCCUUGCCCCCCAUAAGCCCCUCCACUCCUGUCCCGUCCAGUAGCAACAUGAUGAUGAAGCCAGUGAUUUUGUCACCUGUGGAACGUGAUGGGUCAGCGAUUAGCCCAAACAAGACACGUCAGACAAGCGAGGAGAUACCUCCGAGGCGGGGAUUCCUACAACGUUUUAUGAAGCGUCUGACUCCCCUGGAUGGAAGUACUACCAUGGCAAAAACUCUGGCAGCAAAAGAUGAACUAGAAGACAGUGGCUCUCAACCUUAUUCCCCUCGUGCCAAAGGCUCAGCAGCCACUGUACCCCGUCGUAAUCCCACCAUUAAGAUCAGCAGAGCCACUCGUGUCCAGGAGAAGUGGAAUGCAUCACUGGACCGAGAGAUCAAUGACAUUAAUGAACUUCGUCACCUAGAUGAGUUCUUGGGCAAUCAGAUGAAUGAUCUAAGCACCAGAUCAAAGGAACACUCUGAGACUGAAAAAAUCUUCUUGACGGCCACCACAGAGUUCAGAGCAACCAUCAAGAGCAUGUACUCCAACUCCAAUCCCAGUAUUGGUUAUAAGACGCUGAUGUCAGGCUACCAGAUGAAGGUGUCCUAUCUGGCUGGGAUGAAAAAGGCGUCUGAGGUGCCUCUGGUGGUGAAUCUUUUCCAGUCAAUGCUGGAUGGCUUUAUAAGGGGGGAGCUCAAACGUUUAGAGGCCCCUGACACUCUUAAGAUUAAGGAAAGAAACAGAAGAAAAUCUAUUAAAGGCGGUGCAAAAUAUCCCGACAGCCCUUUAAAUCACGCACUUAGCACAUACCAGGUGACCAUCAUGCAGUCAUGUGACCAGUGCAGCUCAUACAUAUGGGCCAUGGAAAAGGGCUUCAUGUGCAGCUUUUGUAAAAUGGUGUGUCACAGGAAGUGUAUUAUCAAGAUAACAACACGUUGCACAACUAUCUGUGGCAAGAAGAGAGAGGGUGACCAGAGUACUCUUCACUUUGGUGUGGCUUUAUGCAGCCUGGUCGACACUGCCAACUCUGUGCCGUAUGUCAUAGAAAAGAUGCUGGUGCACGUCGAAAUGAACGGACUGUACACAGAGGGCAUCUACCGCAAGUCAGGCUCAGCCUGCCGAGUCAAAGAGCUUCACAAGAUACUGGAAAAAGAUCCUCAGGCUGUCUCCCUUGAAAACUACCCCAUCCACAUCAUCACCGGUUUGGUCAAGCAGUGGUUACGGGAACUACCUGACCCGCUCAUGACAUACGGACUCUACAGUGACUUCCUGUAUGCUGCUGAUUUGCCAGAACCAUCAGAGCGAUUACGUGCCAUCUACAAUCAGCUAGACGAGCUACCUCCCUCAAACUUCUCUACUCUUGAAAGGCUUAUUUUUCAUCUUGUGAGAGUGGCGAAAGAGGGAGCCCACAAUCUGAUGUCAGCUAGCGCCCUGGCUAUUGUGUUUGCGCCCUGCAUUUUACGCUGCCCUGAUUCUAUUGAUCCACUCCUCAGCAUGAAAGAUAUCAGCAAGACCACCCUCUGUGUGGAGAUUCUGAUUAAAGAGCAAACAAGGCGCUAUGACCUGAAGAUGGAAGAAAUUCAACAGUUGGAAAAUGCAGAAGCGAUGGCCAUCAAACAGCUCAAGCUCAAGAGACAGAACACGGUGUUUGAGGGACCCAAAUCAAAUUCAGGUGGCUCUCCAACAGACAGGGAUGAGCUGUUCCUGCUCGAGCGGAUCAGGUCUAUUAAGGAGGACAAGAAUAUUUUGGCCAUUAGACUACCUGAGCUCAUCCAGGAGAGCUCUGAUGUCGAAAACUUCGACUCGGAGUUGUUCGACAGUGCGGAGAGUCUUUUCCCGGAAAAUGCGAGUUUGGACUCUGAAGUGAGCACUGCUUUGAAGACCUCCAGGUCAGAAGAACCCCCUCAACCUCCCGAUCCAAGACGUCAUCCCGAAACAGAAAAUAGAAAACCCACUGGGAACCGGAACCAAAACCAGUCUGCAUCGCGUCGAGACGGAGUCCAGUCCAUGUGUGUCAUCCCAAAAUCCCUCGCCUCCUCCUCCUCUCCAAGCAGUCAGGGCAAAAGACGGUUGUCUGACCUUGACAUUCCUUUUAUAGAUGAGGAGGACGCUUGAGAAACACCAGAAGGAACACAUUCCACAAUUGUCUCUUCUGUUGCCGUUCAAGGGGAAUUAUCCCUUUUGGAUCAUAUCAACACUCAGUUUGUUUUGAGUAAUAAAUCAAAUGAUGGAUUAAAUCGGUUAUGUCUAAGAUCUGCUGUUUUCCUUUUCUGUUUAUAAAAAUACUUUUGUAAAAUAACAUUAAAGCCAAUUUUUUACUUGUGUUGCGUAUUAUGUUGUGUUAGGAUUAUUUAAAAUAUUUGUCUAACCAUGACAACAUUUGGAGGAGGGCGUUUACUUGCAUGCGUUUGUCUCUGUCUGGUGCAACUUUUUAAAGCCAAUAUGCAAUGCUUUAGACCUGUAAUAGUAUCUCAUGCAGCAUUAAAAAAUAAACGUAACCCUUUAUUAAUUGAGAAAUCGUACACGCAUGCAUAAGCUUACUAUCACAGGCAUCAUUACCUUCAUAUUGUUUUUUGUGAAAUUCCUGUAUAGUAAAUGCAAUGUUAAAAAAAGAUGUCUUUAUCCCCUAUAUAAUGUGUAAAUAUCAAUGUCUAUAUUCUACUGAAGAUUUUUUUAAAGGAAUAGGAGGCUAUAAUGUAUGUAAUUGCAUGGUUUUUUUAAGUAUACUGUGAAGCUGCUGCCAUAUGUCACGUCCUUCUUACACAUGUGUACACCAUUUCCUUAAAUACAGUUCUUGUUUUCUAGGAUUAUUUGUAUCAGUGUCCAUUAAGUUUUAUCUUAUCAAGCGUUUAAGAUAACACAAUGCCAAGCUCUAUAUACAAGGUCAACUUUAUAAUUUUCAAGAGAUGCAUGUUGGUGUCAUAAAAAUGAUUGACACCAUAAAGCCAGUUUAUGGCCAGAGUUGGCUACGUCAGGUGUUUUAAAAUUACCUGGCGUUGUAAUACUACAAACUGUUAACAUACAAUUUUGUCUUCUCUGUACAUCUUCACUGCAAAACAUGUUUUAUUAUCCCUUAAAAUCAUAAAUGUUUAUUUUUUGCUGUUGUCACAUAUAUAAAACGUCCAAUAUAAACCUCCUCAAAAUGUG